GAGAAGGGAAUAUGCCUGCUAGGGGCUCAAAGCUGUGCCAGGGGAAAUUUAAAUUGGGUAGCAUUUCUUUAGAGAGGGGGUAGUCAAGCACUGGAAUAGGCUCCUUAGAGUGGUUGAUGCCCCAUCUCUGUCUGUGUUUAAGAGGCAUUCAGACAAUGCUCUUGAUAACAUGCUUUAACCUGAAAUGGUCAGGCAGUUGACUAGGUGAUUUUUUGUGUCUUACAACUGAAAUACUCUACUCUAAUGUGCUCAGGCACAGAGAGAGCAGGGCUCCCUCCUGGCAGAAGACACACGUUUUCUGCAGUGGCCUUGGUGUGCCUGAUAAUCAAACUAGCACCCAUAGGCUGGUGCAAGGAUCUGCUUGCUGGACAUCCCACCUGGCACCCACCCCUCUCUGGGGUGGAUGGGACAACGUGGGACAGUGCCUGAGCUGGUGCAGAAGCAGGGCUGUGACAAGGUCUGGAGGGAGGAGGAAGAUGCUUGAGGGAGAGAAAGAAAACUUUAGAUGGUCAAGUGUGUCUGCCCUAAAACAAAAGCAGAUGUUUUCCUCCAGAGGCUCCUGAGCCAGCUGGGAGGGUCUGAUGCUUCUCUGUCGAGCACUCCUCUGUGGUCUGAUGUCCUGCAUCCUGCACAAGUGCAAAUCUCCUGUUCCACACACACAGGGGAGAUGCAGGUCCAGGUGAACAUCCCAUCUCGCUGUAGAAGCCGUGGCGGCUGCUGCGGCAGAGGAGAUGCAAAUCCAGCAGCCAAGAGAUGGCGCAGAGGCACUGUCACUGCCAGGCGGGGCUGCUCCGGCUGCUGCUGCCUCUGCCUCUCCUCUCUGUUCGCAGGCACGGGGAAAGAAAGGGUCAGUGCUUUUGGGAAGGGCCGAGCAGCUUUGUGGCUGCGAGGGCUGCCCAGCCUGGUGCGCUCCGGCCCCUGGAAUGAUGGAGCAGCGCACACUCUACUUCUCCUCGCAUCCCAAAUGUUUGUGGGUGCUCCCAGCACGUGUGAUGGGGCCAGAAGAGUGGUUCUUGUCCCUUGGUCCUUGGUGGCUUUCUUACAGGAGUGGCGUUUGGGGACAGCAGACCGUGAUUUGGGUGGGUUGGUGACGACAGGGCACCGCUCUCCUCUGCCCUUCUCUCCCCCAGCCCCAGAGACGCUCGAUGUCUAUGUCCUAAACUUCCCUCUGCUCAUAAGCCAUGGCUGGGAAUGUCCAAACCAGCUUCCUCUCUGUGGAGGUGAGCCCUGUGCUGGCUCCACCUGCACCUUCAAGGGGCAAGGCAGGGGCUGUCACCCCUUUGUCACCCAAAGCGCCCACCCACCCUCUAGGCUCGCUUCAGCCACGCUGGAGUUGCUCCCUGAUGGAGCAAACCAGCCAGCUGCUCUUCAAACAGCACCACUGCCACCGACAGCAACAUUUAUGGAAAUGUGUAUAUUAUUUAAGGUGAAGCCAGGGUCAGUGUGUACCUCAGAGGAGAAUCUCAGCCAGAGCAUGAAAAGGCUUUCGUGUUGAUUUCUGAAAUAUUUUAGUGUCUUUUCCUUGAGAGAGGAUACUGUGUCUGAAUGUUCAAAAGUAGGCUUUAUAUUUGGGUAAAACCAACACAGGGUUUGUGACACCAGCUCGUUCUGCAUCCCCCAGGAAGCCACUGAGUUCAGGGGCUUCUGAUCUCUGGGGCCCUGCUUUGCUCUUUGGUAAGGGCUGACAUCAAUACUGACCUGGAAGUGCUGGGGAAGAAUGGUAGAGCAGGCAAAUCUCUGGACUUAGUCUAGCAGACCACAACAGGCAGUUAUAAAAUUCCAAAUGCUAGAACAUGGGAUUUAUGUAAGGAAAACUGCUCUGAGGCUGUUCCUUGGAUAUAAGUACUUGCUGGCUUGUAAAUGGGUUUUUGACAGUGGCUUGAUUUUAAUCGUGUUUGUGUGGCAGCAUCUGGAUGUACAUCUGCCUGGCAAAAAAUCACUGCUCUGAUUUUAGGCCUGAGCUUCACAUUUUGGAGGCCGUGGAUGCCUGUGGGAUGGAGGGAGAGAAAUGUGCGCUUGAUCAGUGCAAUGAGGAAGGAGUCAAAACACCGAGGCAGCUGUAUUUGCUGCAAAGAAAAGGGAUGGAGGCUGCAGAAAGCAAUCACUGUUAGGAGCAAGAGAGUGAUGGCAUCCAAUCAGGAGACAAGGAAAGAGUUCAUUUUGGAGCAGUAACUAGUGUUAGCUCCCCGUUAACAGUAAUAAUAACCAUAUCCUGGAGUGAUGGCUGAGUUCAUUUGGACCAGAUACAAUUAUUGCUUUGUGUGCAACAAGCACCCUCAAUUUGUUGUGCAAUAUUAAGCUGGAGUCAGCUCCCUAACAGGCUCUGGUUUUUAGAGGCUGGGCUGCUAACAAAGUGCCCUCUUGCUUUCACACACCAUCUCUCACCACACGUUCACACACAUCUAUAUUCUCUGAUAAAAUCAGGGUCUUUGCAGCUAAAUGCCAGGUAGUAUUUCUUUCAGAAAAAUCCCUGUUUUCCUGGCAGGAGCCUGAGAGUCCCUUGCUGUGGGCUCAGAAAAAAAGCAGCCUGCUUGUCCAGCCCCCAGAUCCCUGCUCCCUAGUUUGGGACUGGGGCAGCUGGGCUCUGUCGCAAGCAUGUUUUGGGUGGAGAGUUUGGGAAAGCAGGGCACUCACCUGCCAUUGGGAAUGCUCUCAUUAACCUUGGCAGCCUCGGUGCUUCCCCUGCCAAACUCAACAGAAGCCCUUGGGAAUAACAAGACUGACACACCCCAAGCUUAAACUUGGACAAGCUUUUUAAUACCCAGAUGAAGAGAUUAGAGGAAUGACCUACUUGUUUAUAUGUGGCAGAUCUGUGAAAUGUGCAGAAGGCUUUCUCAUUAGAGGAGGUCUGCAGGGUGGAGUUGCCCCACCAGCGCCAGAGCUGCAGCCAAGCAGCAGAUUAGAUGGUGCCUCCAAGGAGCUGGGCUCUUUCAUGGUUUUUUUUUUUGGAAAUUCCCCAUGCCACCCCUAAUUCCUGGAUGAAAUUCUUGCUGUUGUGAGGCAGGAGUGGCUAAUCCCAGCCUCUAAAGCCACCAGAGGUUUCCAAGGGUUUCAGGCUCAUCUGCACAGCCAGUGCAGCCUUGUGCAGUGGGCCUGGGAUGUGCAGGUCCAUCUGUGGCACGCUGUGCCCUGCAAGGCCAAGUAGGUUUUGUGAGUGCCAAGGCAUGCCAUGGUGUAAUCUGGGAUCCACCACUCCCACAUCCUGAUCUUCCAUACUGGCAUUAGUUAAAAGCCUUUUGGGCACGUGCAGCAUCCUCUCUUUUCUUCAGUAGCUUCCAUGUGCCCUGACUGAUGCCCAAGAUGCUCAGUUUCUGAAUGACUGAAUUCCUGCCUGGCACAUGGCUCUUCGGGAGAUUGCAAAAUGCAAACUGGCACAAAAGCAGUUUCCUUAAGAGAAGAUGUUGUUUUCUGCUGGCAGAAAGUACAAAGACCUCAGGAACAUUACUGCUACCCAGGGACUUACCCUGAUCUGGAUUUUGAGGACUUCCUGAGAUGGGAUCUGCUGAAGGAGCCAGAACAUGGGUUAUAAUUUGAUAAAUACAAUAGCUUGGGUGUUCUGUGUGAUGAUCAACCUCUCCCACAGCAUGCCAGGCUGGGAGGUGCAGGAAAAAGCCUUCUGUGGUUCAGGUGAUGGAAGAAGGGCACCCAGCUUGUCCUCUGAGAGCCUUGAGUACCCAGAGCCUCUGUGAUGAGUGGUGCUAUGAGUUUGACUUCCUGCACAUUCACCAUUUGCUGGGGUGCUCCAAAGUGCCGCUGCAGCGACUCCAACAGCUCAUGGUCUUGUGACUUUAGGGAGGAUGGACACGUGGAGCUGGGAGCUACCUGGAGGUGCAAGUGUUGAGCUUGGGGCGAAGGGGUCUACUGAUUCACAGCAGCUUGGUGAGCUGAAACUUGUCCCUGGUGAAUGCAUUUCUCAUGCCAGAAUCACGGCUUUUAAUUUUUAAAAAUUUUCCUGCCUGGCUGGUGUGGAGGGGAAGAGGACAGUGCCAUGGAUCCUGCAGCUCCUGUGCCGACCUGCCAGCAGUGGGCAAGAAUGGAGGUUCACAAGGCAAGGAAGGUCCAGGUUCCUCUCAGGGGCUUCCCACCUCUCCAAAAGCCACAGGGGAUGAUGCUGGGGGGCUGCCAGUACCUCUUCCUUCAUGGGAGGCCUCUCCUAAGCAGGGGGGGUCUGCUGUGCUUGCCAAAGCGUUGGAGGCAGAGGCACCACGUGGGGAAGUGUGAGAGCACAGCCAUACCUCAGCCAGAAUUGCUGUGGGAGUGAACUACAGGUGUUCAGCACAGAGCACUUAUGCCAGUCCCUCCCCUUUACACUUCCCUUCUUGCCAGCAGUUAUGGGAUGGACCCAAGCCUUGACAGGGCUUCUCAUGUCUUGGAAAUUCUGGCUUCAUCUUCCCCGUGAGCAUCAUCUGGUUGUGCCACCUGACUGGCUCACGGGCAGUGUUCUGACUACAGAAUUUUUAAUUGAGAGAUGGGACAUGAGACUGCUGAUUUCUGGUGCUCUGUGGCCCUCACGUCAGUCAGGAAUGCUGGGAGAUGAGGGCAGUGAGUUGGGCUUGAUUUCUGGGCAAUAUGGGAAAGUAACUCUUUUUGUGCCCUAAAGCCAUGCUCUGGGCUUAUGGAAGCACACCUACCUGUGUGCCAGCAGGCUGUGUCUGUUUGGUGCUCAGCCUCCUACAGGGACAUCCAUGCCCCCCUCCUUUUUACAGCCCCCCUGUUUAUUCAGCAUUCCUGGCCACCUUCCCUGACAUGUGCUCACCACCAUCCAUGAUCCUCUCUUUCCCAACUCAUCCCAAAGCCAGUAACCCCUUCAGCUUCCAUGCAAUUUUGCCCCCUCAGUUUCUUCCCCCAGCCUCAUGUUAGCAGCUUUCACAGAAAAAAACAGCUGGGAAGGGAGGAAAGGCUUUUCUGUCAGCAGGUAUGAGGGGAAAGCUCUGCCUGCCAGGGGCUUGCACGGCACAUGGCAUGGCCAGCCUCCCACCUCCUGUCUGGGCUGGGCACCAGGGAGCAUCCCUGAUGAGAGCAGGCAGUUCCUCUGUCCUCUGGGUACAGUAGCUGCUUGUUGCUCACAGAGAAUGAAAACAUAUUAAAGUACAAAACUGCUGCACUAGUCAUUUUCCAAUUCCCCACUUGGAGAACUGGCUUCCCAGGAAAAUAGGUCACUUACAUAAAAAGCACCUUAUUAUCACACCACAGCAGUGAAGGAAAGAGAUGGCUCAAGAGACACUUUCAUUUCGAGCCCCUGUUCCUGGGUACUUAGAUAUUUCUGGAAAAUUGACCCUUUGGGCUGCAAUUUCUCAUGCUCCUUUUCAGCCCAGAAGGUGAAUUUCAGGACCUCAUUCCCUCCACUGAGACAGAUGAAGUUAGGGAGGGAAAUGUGUUACGUCUUAACCCCUGGGAGAGCUGUGCAUCCAAA